AAUUAUUUUUAUUUAUUUAUUUAUAUAUAUAUUUUAUUUUAUCCUCUAAUUUUAUUAUAUAUAUUUUUUACUUCCUUUUACUUUUCUACUUUAUUUUUCUAUCUACACCAUGCUCAUCAAGGAAUUCCGUGUUAUCAACAACUGUACUGAGGCAGAGUACCAAGUUGCACAAUUAUAUGCCACUGCAAUGGCUUCCAAGGAACAGACUGGUGGAGGUGAAGGUGUAGAGGUUCUUAAGAACGAACCCUAUGAAAAGGAAGACGGCGAAAAGGGUCAGUACACCUACAAGAUCUUCCGAUUGGCUUCACGAGUACCAUCCUUUGUUCGUGCUGUUGCACCCACUGGCUCGCUUGACUUGUAUGAAGAGGCAUGGAACGCUUAUCCUCAUUGUAGAACUGUUCUCAAGAAUGGCUGGAUGAAAGACAACUUUUCGAUUGUUUAUGAGACACAACACGUAAACAACUCUCGCGGUGAACUGCCAAAUGCAUUAAAUAUCCCAGAAGCUGAUCUCAAGAAGCGUGAGAUUGUUAUGAUUGAUGUGGCCAACGACAAGAUUGAUGCCAAGGAUUACAAGCCAGAAGAAGAUCCCAAAUUGGUUAAAUCUGUAAAGACUGGACGUGGACCAUUGUCUGAGCCAGAUUGGCAGAAGAAGUGCGAACCUGUCAUGACCUGUUACAAGCUUGUUUACAUUGAAUUCAAGUGGUUUGGUCUUCAGACAAAGGUUGAGUCCUUUAUUGCCAAGGCAAUCCAUAAUCUUUUCAUCAAGUUUCACAGACAAUUGUUCUGCUGGACUGACAGCUGGUAUGGCAUGAGCAUCCAAGACAUUAGAGAUCUUGAGGCUCAGAUUAAGAAGGAUUUGGAUGUCAAGAUCAAUGAAGGUGCACCAGUCACUCUUGAUAAAUAGAACUCAAAAAUGAAUAAUGAAAAAAGAAAUGAACAAUAGUGAACAUUGAAGAAAGUAAAGAGAUAGAGAUAUAAAGAGAGAAUAUUUAUACAUGCAUCUCUGUGUGUAUCUGUGUUGUCUAUGUAUGUAU